GCUGUACUAAUAGACCGGAAGCCUAGUUUGCACUUCCGCUCUUCUGUGCGUCUCCUGUCGCGAGCUAGCAUUCAGAUUGGACAGUGACCUUCUCCGGGUGAUCCGCAGCACUUACAGUUUAGAGAUGGCCGGAAGUCUUUUCGGAACCUGGUGGUCUAGAGUUGGCCCCUACUACACCAAGGCAUACCAGGAGGUCUGGGUUGGCCUGGGAAUCAUGACUUACUUUUACUACAAAAUCUCCUAUGGAGGAAAGAAAGCAGUGAAGUCUAAGUCUGACCACUCACACUGACCGGACCACCACACAAUGUGAUCAUCCCCUGCUCCCGCUGUGUAAAUCUCCCCCAGAAGAGCUUCACCAACGCCAGGAUGUUUAUCUGUUUGUGAAAUUAAUAAAUGCUCUGUUUGGAAUACCUGUAAAA